GGUAACUUUGCUUCCUUCAUCAAUAACAAAAUUAAUUUGGUUGGUUAUGUUUUAAUAUAUGCUAUCUAUUAGGAGUUUAAAUUUGUGUUUUUAUCUGUAAAUUCAAAAAUUCAUAAUGGAAGUUCCGUCUCAGAUUUCAAGGCAUUCUCGCAACAAAAAUAUCGAAGAGUAUUCAAAUUUACAAGAUCUUGCAGCUGAUGUGGAAUCAUUAAAAAAUAAUAAUUUCACUUUUGCCUUGAAAGCUGAGAUUUUUGAGAGAUAUUUAAGGAAGAGAUGUCCUACAUUGUUGGUAGGAGUUGACAAGUUCUCAGAGCAGCCGUCCAGCCUGCGCAUGAGUGGGUUGUUCUCCAUUCACACCCCUCGCAGCUCUUAUUCUACCUCAGCCAGUGGCCGUUCCCCCACUCCCUCCCGCACUACAAGUCGUCAUGGUCACAUGUCCCACAGUCUUGCACACUCCUCCAUCAGUGCUUACAGGAUAUGUCCUUUGUUCAAAAUAGAUAUGGUCGACAGAGAAUUAGAUGAAAGUAGAAUCACAAUGGACAAACUAUACAAACGCUUUCAAUCUGCAAAAUUUUUACUUGAAACUGAAGAAGAGAAUAUCAGAUCUGACAUUCUUCUUAUAGAAGAGACCAAAACAGCUUUUGAGAACUUUGUCAAACACAGCGUGGAUAAGAAAACUGGUCGGGUAUUUCAUGAUAAGUUUCUAAGAUUUGUGGAAAGUGAACUUCAAAAUGGUGAUCGAGACUUGAGAAAGCUGAAACUAAAAACAAAAUCAACCCAGAUUGAGUUCAAUCGACUGGUUGCACGUGAAGAACAGAGGCUUGAACUGAGAGAACGACUCCAUCCGAUCGAUCUCAACAAACUAAUCAUCGAGAACAAGGAGCUUCAGGAAAACUUUGAGCAUAAAACUAGAAUAGUAAUGGAUUUGAAAAAAUCUAUCGGGAAGAAGGGUCAAACAUUAGUCUCGUUGAAGUCUAAGCUCAAUGACGUUCUGCUCUCCAUUGGAAGUUUGCGGCAGGACUUUAAACAGAAAGAGUCAAAAUACAAACUUACGGAGCAGAAAGAGGUCAAGAAUGUAAAUGAACUAAUCACUGCUGAAAUAAUAAAUCACAAUAUCAAGAAGCUUAACUCAAACUUUAAGAGCCCGGACGCCCACAGCUACCUGAUGUUACAAGUGAGGCUGGACGAGCUGCAGUCUGAGAGAGACGUGUGGGAACGCCGAUGUAAGAACCAGAAACAGUCCAUCUCUCUGUUGGAACAUCAGCUGAGGCAGCUGUCUCCUCCAAACAAGACCAAGUCUAAGAUCUCUCACUCUUACAGGACCACCAGAUCUCCCUACAGCUCCAAGUCUGCUGACUCUAUUCUGCGACGCUUCAACCGCACUGCACAUCCGAUCCCUCGCUGUACGCCAACCACCCCUAUACCUAAGAAUUGGUAGAACAUCACCUUAAUCCAUCUAUCUCUAAACAAAUAAAAACACAGCUUUUUUAUUGUA